AUGCCGGUACAACGGGAAUGCGUUCGACUGAACCCCCACUUCGUCGUGGGAGACGCCAACAUAGAAGAAACAGCUGUCAUCAAGACCAUCCUACGUCCGCUCUCAAACGGCCUCUUCUCGUCAAAGAAGAUCCGCAUCUUCGGGCCCUUGGGCGUGGCCAUACCCCUCCGCGAGAUGGUCGUCGGUCUAGGAGACUACUAUCUAUAUACCAACCAGGACAAACAACAGCUAGUCGUCCCCGACUGGCUGCCUAACCCUACCUCGACCUUCUUCUACACCCCGUACGUCGACCAGGAUUUCGACUCCACCCAGUUCGAAAUCAUCUGGCAGUUCAACCGCUUCAUACACGGCAAACAGAUAGAUGGCAUCGACGAUGUGCUCGCUAACAAGAUACUGACUGUUAACAACAAGCUUCCCAUGCCAACCACCACCUUUAACCCGGAGAGCCGUCGGUAUGUCUAUCAGGGAUGGACGCGUGCGCACCUCGUCGAGUUCUUCAGCGAGUACUGCGCUAGUAAAGUCACUGCGGCCGUGUUGGAUGGUAAUCUUGGUCCGUCGGUGGGUGAGUGGAUGAACGCGAGGCCGCCUGAUGCCAUGACGGAGGAUGACUGGCAGCGUCUCGCGUGGGAGAUUGGUAGUUUGGAAAACAUUUGUACCGACGAGGCGUUUACUGAUGUUGGUGCCUCGCUUGUCGAGCAUAGCGGCCCUGGUAUGCCGGCUAUCAUCCAGGGGAUGGGCCCUGCUGCUACAGCACGGCCUCGUAUGAAGCAACGUAAUCGCAAGCUGAAGAUGGGUAAAUAUGUCGUCGUGCCUCCUGAUGCGGCGUCCAUCCUUGGGCCGUGCGAACAGAGUCAGAUCGUGCUUGACCGGCGCCGCAAGGCUGUUAGGCAUGCCAGACUACUUCGGCGUCGGGCGAGAGUGGUUAGGAAGGCCAGAACGCGUGUCAACCGUCCAGUGUCUGCGCCCAAGAUACCAGCUGAACCACGUAUCGAUGUCAAUUUCAGCGAUGAUCUGAUUAUUUUUGACGUGUGA